CUGGAGCUUAAACCCUAUCCACACUCUCUCGCUCUCUCUCUCUCUCUCUCCCCUCCAAAUUCGCCUCUCUCUCUCUCUCUCUCUCACACACACACACACACACACCACAUAUAUAGUUGUAUGCAUAACCAAUUAUGCCUGUAAAGCUCCUCUCCGAACAUCUCUUCACCCCUUCCCGUCCUCAAACCCAUCUGUCCACCGUAAACCCUUACCGACAUAUCAAACCCUCAUAUCGGGCCAUCCCCAUUUUCACUCGGACCUUCCCUCACAUGCUCAAACACCAAUGUCUCUCCAAUAAACUAGGGUCUCCACUUUUACUCACCCACCAACAACAGCGACCCAAAACCGGUCUGGUUAGGGCUUCGAAGGGCCUAAUUGACGACGAAGCUGAACUCAGUGAUUGGGUGAGCGAGUUGGCUUCCGACUCGGUCCUUUCUCGCGACAGUGGUAACGGCAGUAGUUCGAAUAGAGGGAGGGGUAGGGAUGAGAGAGGAGGUGCGAGAGGUAGGGUUUCCUCGGCAAAUAGGAGGAGAGAGAGUGAUUUGGGUCGGUAUGAGAAGUCAGAUGGGCAUAUGGGUAGGGAGUCUUUUGGGUCAUUUUCUAGAGGUAAAGGACGGGGUGGUGGUGAUGAAAUGAAGGGGAGAAAUGAGGGGUUUGUUUCGCUGGGGAGAGAGGAGGGUAGGGGACGAGUUAGGGGAAUGGGUAGGGAGUCGUUCGGGUCGAAUUCAAGGGGGACAGCGCGAAAUGAGGGGUUUGUUUCGCCAAGGAGGGAGAAUGACUGGCGAAGAGGGAGUGAUUCAGGUGAUUCUGGAAUGUCGAAUAGGCAAAUGGGUAGGGAUGCGUUGGGCUCGUCUGCUAGGAAUUUGAGGGGGAAUUCCCGGUUUGGUUCUGGAUUAGAGGGGGGUUGGAAAAUGCCUAAGACUGCUGGGAGAGGUUCUGAACUGGGGUAUGGGCGAAAACGAGGGGGUGGCAGCGGAGAAUUCAGCAAUGGAGGGAAAAUUUCGAUAGAAGGCGGUGUUUUGAUUGCAAAGGAGGGAAGAGUUGAGGAGGAUGAUGAUGAGAAAAGGGGAGGGAAUUUGAGGAAGAGCUUGGCUGAUUUUAUCAGUGAGGAGGAUAGUGAAGGAGAAGAAGAAAAGGAUAUUGAUGAUGAUGGGGAUCUGUUUGCAUCAAACAGGGUGCCUAGUUCACCUGAAACAAGUGACUCAUACCUGAGUGAGACAAGGUUUGAUCAAUGUCCAGUUUCUCCCUUGUCAUUAAGGGGAAUAAAGGAUGCUGGUUAUGAGAGGAUGACUGUGGUGCAAGAGGCAACACUGCCUGUUAUUCUCGAAGGUAAGGAUGUUCUGGCCAAGGCAAAAACUGGCACUGGCAAAACUGUAGCAUUUUUGCUUCCAUCAAUUGAACUAGUCGUUAAAUCACCCCCCACUGGUCGUGAUCAAAAGCUACCACCAAUACUUGUACUUGUAAUGUGCCCAACGCGAGAACUUGCAAGUCAAGCUGCUACAGAGGCUAAGAAAUUGUUGAAGUACCAUCCUUCUCUCGGCGUCCAAGUUGUAAUAGGAGGAACAAGACUUGCUUUAGAACAGAAACGUAUGCAAGCAAAUCCUUGCCAGAUUCUUGUAGCUACACCUGGAAGACUCAAAGAUCAUAUCGAGAAUACUGCAGGAUUUGCAACUCGUCUUAUGGGUGUGAAAGUUCUUGUCCUUGAUGAAGCUGAUCAUUUGUUAGACAUGGGAUUCCGCAGAGACAUUGAGAAGAUCAUAGAUGCUGUACCUAAACAACGACAAACGCUUCUAUUUUCUGCUACUGUUCCAGAAGAGGUCAAGCAAAUCUGCCAUAUUGCUUUGAAAAGAGAUCACGAGUUCAUUAAUACAGUAGAAGAAGGUAGCGAGCAGACUCACUCACAGGUCAGACAGUUGCAUCUAGUUGCUCCUUUGGACCAGCAAUUUUCGCUACUGUACGUUCUAUUGAAAGAGCAUAUCGCUGAGGAUGUUGAUUACAAGGUUCUUGUAUUUUGUACAACUGCAAUGCUCACAAGACUUGUUGCUGACCUCCUCAGCAAGUUCAAUCUGAACGUUCGAGAGAUCCACUCUAGAAAGACCCAGACUUACAGAACCAGGGUCUCUGAUGAAUUUCGCAAGUCAAAGGGUCUUAUUCUUGUCACUUCUGAUGUUUCUGCUCGUGGUGUUGAUUAUCCCGACGUUACUCUUGUCAUUCAGGUGGGUUUGCCAGCUGGUAAAGAGCAGUACAUACACCGACUUGGUAGAACUGGUCGGAAAGGCAAACAAGGCCAGGGCAUAUUGUUAUUAUCACCUUGGGAGGAAUUCUUUUUGUCUACUGUUAAAGAUUUGCCGAUAACUAAAGCUUCAGAGCCUUUGGUUGAUCCAGUGACAAGGAAAAAGGUAAAACAAGCAUUGUUGCAUGUGGAGAUGAAAAACAAAGAAGCGGCAUACCAGGCAUGGCUCGGUUAUUACAACUCCAACAAGGAUGUAGGGCGGGACAAAAGCAGACUUGUGGAGCUUGCAAGUGAGUUCAGCCGUAGCAUGGGGCUCAGCAUCCCACCGGCAAUUCCUAAGAACAUUCUUGGCAAAAUGGGCCUCAGAAACGUUCCUGGUUUGCGUUCUAAAUAGAUUUGCCGCUUUUUCUGGGCAAUAUGAGUUUUCUCAUCUAUGUUGAUUUCCAUUGACCAUGAUCUUGAUUCGACCAUGAAAUGAAAGUUGCUUGAAAUAUUGCCUCUUCUACCA